GGAAAGCAAACUGCUGUGAAUCCAAACCGUUUGUGUAUUGCAACGUUCCUUGCCCCUCUCUGAAAUAUUUUGCCAAUAUGGCGGAGGGCACGGGGUCGGAGGAGAAACUAUGGCAAAGUUUCUUCGAUCAGCACCAGUCACUCGUGUCACUACUCGAUACACAUGCUUCUCUGCUGGCGGAGAUGCGCAAGCACUGCGCCGAUAGUGCCGCCGUUAAACUGGUCGAAACCCGACUCGUAACUACCGAGAACUUGAUUGCGACUUUUCGAGAAUCUACAGAAUCUCUGAGAGAAGUCUCGAAACAGCAAGAAGCCGUGCCCAAGAAGGCAGACAACUUCAAUCCAACAAUGCCUUACCCCGUGCCUGCGCCCCAGCCGCAUAUACCAACUGAGCCUAUAGUAGAUCCAAGCGGUCUCUUCACGGUUGACACGAAUCCCACUCCGCUCGACCAGUUAUUCCAGAACAAAUCGAACCCCACCAGCGCAAACAAAGCAAAAAAGCAGGGCAAGAAGAGGAAAGCCAGCGACUCGGGACAUGGCCCUACCGCGGGCGACGGCGGGUCUGAAAAUACCCCAGAAUCCAAGAAACUGAGAUCGAGCGCGGGACAAGAGCAUCAAGAGGCUGCGGGAGAGGAUGAUUCGUUUGUGCGGGGCGUAGAAGAGCGAGCUCGCGCGAAAGAGGAACGUAGAAAGGCUCGGGCGGACAAGAAGAGAAAGCGACAGAGCGAUGGUUCGACGAACAGCUCGAGUAAAGGUCCGAAGAACAAGAAGCAGAAGCAGAGGCACAUGGAGAAGCUCGCAGCAAAUGGUGACGGACCGGCUCCAGGAGGCAAGCGAGCCAACGAAACACAAAAUAGCCACCCAAGCAAAAAGCGCAAGAAGACUAAAAGAUAGAGCUACAUAGCGCUCCAAUCGAAAUAAUGGUCCUUCGUGUCGAAUCGUGUGUAAUCAAUUUGUUGACUCGCCUUCACCUCGCCUUCACUGGAUCCUCACUUCGAGAUUGAACAAGACAAGCUAGGUUGUCUGAUGUGCUGCAACCUCGUGCUGUGUCA